AUGGCCUUGACUCUCCAGGCUCAGGCUCGACCGCUUCACAAAAAAUCGCCUGCAACCGUGCCACCUCCGGCGCUGCAAGCUCCUUGCACAUCGCAUCCUCAGCGAGCAUUGCAGGGGUCGCGAGCUGUCCUCGUGGGCGGGGCUGUGGCUACAGCUCUGGCCGAGGUCCUACAACGCCGGUCCAAGCUUAGCCAAGCGAGUUGCCAGCUGCACAGCUCUCGCCGUCCAAUCCGUGCCUUCCGCGCUACCUCUCCUGUUAAUGGGUCCGAUGAACUGGAUACGAAUGGAGACGAGUCCUCAAUAGGACUGAAAAGCCUACAGAGAGAUCGGGAUGCGAUGCAAAGUGAGACCAGUUCAUCGAUGGACGUGGUGUUAGAAGACAAGCUGGAGGCAUUCAAAGGCUAUUUAAUUUUCUCAGAGGAAACGGGACCAUUGCCAUAUCGAGUGACGGAAAGUUUUUUCGUCGCUUUGGGAACUUUGUGCUUCGUGACGCGCGUGGUUUCCCCGAACCUCGCCAGUACAUUGUUUCUACAGCAAGUCGAGGACAUUGUCAAUGUAUCCUUCUUUGUCAAGUUUUUGCUUCUAUUCUGGGUGAAUGAAUUUAAUAUCUCCUGGCUCUUCACGGGAAAGGGAGUCUUAGAUCUGGCGAGCAGCUUGCCAGUGCUUUGUCUUCCGGCACGGCUGAUAGGCGGUCCCGCGCUCGAGAAGACCACGGAUUUGUUGCAAAUCGGCAGAUUCUUCCGUUUGCUGCGCAUUGCGCUGCCUUCCUAUGGGAACAGCCCUGAUGGCAUGGUGAGCAGAACUGUGACCGUGAGUCAGCAAAUCAUCGCGGUCUUGCUCUCCCUGCUCGGCACCGUCGUUGUGUCGGCCACUGUCUUGUACGCGUUUGAAAACCCAGACGCAGAUUUGGAAGUGGCGGAGCGCACCUUCGAGGAUGCUCUGAUCUACAUGGUCAACAUCUUCACGGGUCGCGAUCCACCGUGGUACCCACUGAAUCCACAGGCAAAGAUUGCCUCCGUGGUGGCCUCGCUUUCGGCGAUCAUCUUCAUCCCCUUCCUGGUGGGAAGAUCCAUGGAGGUCUUCAUGAAAACCGAGGAUCAGCCGAAUGCAAGCGCUGUCAGUACGGUAUUGCCUCCAAAACCUGGCGACGUCAGCAGCUGGGCCGAGGUCCUGAGGCUACUAGAUGUCGUGGAGCAGCAAGGCGUCCUCGGUAAGGAGGAGAUGAGGCAACUUCGCCUGCUGUGUCUGGAGAGCGACCACCGAUUGCUUAUUCUACACACUGCCUACUCGAAGAGAGCCAGGGAGAAGGGCAACCUGACUCUUUAUGCUGAACGGCUGCGAGAGCUACUCACCCUGAACCCUAAACCCUAG